UCCCGCCCCACCCACCCUCUGCCCGCAGGAAUAAGUUGGCACUGCCCCAGCCUCGCCCGCUCCGAAGAUGGCGCCUCCCGGCCCGUCGUCAAGGGCCCAGCUCUCCGGGGCACCGCGUCACCAAGGCAACCGAGAGGAGGGGGUCGGGGGCUCGUCGCCAUGGCGACCGGGGGGGAGGGGCGACGGGCGACUAACGGCCGGUCCUUGCGGGCCUCGGGGUGCAGCCAUGCUGCGGGACGAGACGAUGGACGGGCUCUCCCUGCCCUCGCUGUGGAGGGGCACCCAGGAGAGCCGGAGCGAGGCGAAAAGCUGCCAGACCGCCAGCAUCGGCAUGGCUGAGGCCUCGGCCCAAGUCCUCCUGCAGGCAGAUGCGGAGGUGCAGACCGAUCCCCCCGGCCCCCCGACCCUGCAGGCCGGGGCCCUCCCCAACCCCCCGGGGUUGGCGGCCUUCCUGCGGCGGGUGGAGGGCCCCCUCAUCCGGGAGCUGAACAGGAACUGGCAGAGCCACGCAUUCGACGGCUUCGAGGUGAACUGGACGGAGCAGCAGCAGACGGUUUCCUGUCUACACAGCCUGGCCUACCCGCCUGCCCAGGCGCAGAACCUGCAGGUCACCAGCGUCUCCUGGAAUGCCACCGGCUCAGUGGUGGCCUGUUCCUACGGCCGGCUGAGCGAUGGAGACUGGAGUACGGAGAAGUCUUUCGUGUGCACCUGGAACCUGGACAGGCGAGAGUUGAACCCCAACCAGCCCUCUGCCGCUGUGGAGGUGGCCAGCGCGGUGAUGUCUCUGGCCUUCCACCCAUCCCAGCCAUCCCACAUUGCAGGGGGCCUGUACAACGGUGAGGUGCUGGUGUGGGACACGAGCCAGCCGGAGGACACCCUGCUCUGGAGGACGGGGUUGACGGACGACACCCACACCGACCCAGUCUACCAGGUGGCCUGGCUGCCCGACCCCAAGCACAGCCACCGCUUCCAGCUGCUGAGCGUGUCCACGGAUGGGAAGGUGCUGGUGUGGCGGGCAGGCGCCGACGGGCAGCUUCAGCUGGCUGCCGGCUACGCCCUGGUGGCCCAACAGGUCCCCCGCAGCACCGGGCUGAAGAAGCCCAGCCGGGGUGAGGUGGCCGUGGGUGUCACGGCUCUGGCCUUCUCCCACUUCGACCCGAGCCUGUUUGUGGUGGGCUCCGAGGGGGGCUUCCCCAUGAAGUGCUCCACGGCGACCGAGACCGCGGCGCACACCCGGCUGCCCUGCUCCAUCCCCCUACGAGCGCCCGCCCAGUUCACCUUCUCCCCCCACGGCGGCCCCGUCUACUCCGUCAGCUGCUCCCCGUUCCACAGGAACCUCUUUCUGAGCGCCGGGACCGACGGCCACGUCCACCUCUACUCCAUGCUGCAGGCCCGGCCGCUGGCCUCCCUGCAGCUCUCCCAGAAGUACCUGUUCAGCGUGCGCUGGUCUCCCACGCGCCCCUUGGUCUUUGCCACCGCUUCUGGAGAAGGAGCAGUGCAGCUGUUCGACCUCCGAAAGAGCUCCCAAAAGCCCACUGUGUCCAUUCAACAGACUUCUGACCAGAGCCCAGUGUACUGCCUGGAGUUUAACGCCCAGCAGACUCAGCUGCUGGCGGCCGGCGACGCCCAGGGCGCCGUGAAGAUCUGGCAGCUGAGCUCUGAGUUCACAGAGCAGCUGGCCCGGGAGACCGAGGACCUGGAUCAGCUAGCCAACGAAGUGGCCGACUGAGACCGGAGCCGAAGUCCAGCUGACCUGGCCGCAGGUAGGGCAACACAGAGGAGCGGACCGCUGGGGCAGGGCGCCCGAGGAGGUGGGGUUAAGGAGGAAGAGGGAGACGGACUGCACCACUCAGCAGCGGGCUCCGGCCGCUUCCCCGCCUCCUUUCCUGAAGCACCACGGGCCCUUCGCCCACCCCCAGACUGUCUCCUCGUAGAGGGCAUGGUGCUGCCUGACGUGGGCACUCGUUAAUGAUAAAAAAAAAAGCCUCCGCUUA